UACAACACCCCCCCUUAUCCUACUGUCCCUGAUAAAUGAUAAACACCUAUCUCUUCUAAUGGGCUUAGUGCUGACUGUGUUUUAGGCUAGUUUCCCCUUCCUCAAACGGAUCUCUAGAUGCCAAUGGCGGGUCAUAAUCUCACCAGGAAUCUCUCUCUCUCACACACCUCUGCCAUCCCUGGAUGUCUCCAUGGCAUGUCUCUGGCCUGACCUCAUGGGAGAGUUCGUUGGGAUUUGCAGGCCUCUCUCUCUCCGCACAGCCAAAACACAAAGGGCCAUUCAUGGCCCAGAGUGGCCUCAUUCAUGACCACUGAGUUAUUUGCCGGUAGAAUUCCUUAUUGUUUGGUUUCUUGCAUCUCCGAGCUCUCUCUUGACAUAAAUUACGCAGAAGGUUGUUUCUUGUACUUGAAGGUAGAUAAAUGUUAUGUCUUGUCUAGAGAGCGUUCCAUGGAUGGUAUAUGCAUAAGCUUCCCACACCACACGUUAACCAACAUUUCACCAUUACAAUUAUAGUUCAAAUCCCCUUUUAUCACACUGACACUUGCAUAAAGAGCAGCUUUUCGCAAGACCAUGACCCGUUCGUGGCGCAAGGAAAGGGCCCAGGUUGUUGUGUAGCAUUGUGGUGACACUUUGUCCAGUCUUUCUCCCCAGUGGACUUGUCAUUAUCGAUAUUGUUGCUGUCAGCUGUCAGCUGUCAGUGUUUUGAAUUUGGAAUUGAACCUUUUUUCCUGGGUGGUAUGAAGACUAUGUUCAAAGAAAAAGUUGACAAGAACACCUGGCUGUACAGCUCUGAAAAAAACAUGUUGAUCUCUGUGGUAUCAGACAUUCACUUUUUUCAUAUGACAUAUGGAAAGUACUUGAACUGUUUGCCAGUGGCGCUCUCCUCCUGACCAAGUAGGUCUUUACUGUGUGUGUGUACGUGUGAGUGCACGCUUGUAUGCAAAUGUGUGAGGAACUUUGCGCACAUUCGGCUACACGCACGCACACACAGUAAAGCGUGUGUGUGAGUGUUGGCGCACUGUCACACUGGGAGUGUUUGUCAUUCCAGCGUCACAGGAGCUUGUUGCACAAUGGCCUCUGUUGAAAGGGCUCUGUUGUGGCCCCUUGGUGUGGGCCUACGCUGCAGCACUGCAAUAAGAAUGACUACAGAGUACAGAGAGCAGAGCACAGCCUCACAGGCCUGGGAGGGGAAGAAGGAGUGGAGAAAGUGCUUAGGCCUGCCCACUGUUGACCCAGAGGUUGUGCAAUGCAACUCCAAGCCUCAGUCAGACUCAGUCAGGCUCUUUGAGCUGGAUCUACAAAGGAGAGACACACAUGAGAGGCUUAGCUCAGUAAAGCAAGGCAAAGCAACCGCUGGUACAAGGAGUGUAGUGGUCAGGUUAUGGUUAAAGGGGUAUGCCAGCACCUAACAAGGAGACAGGAUGACUACUACUGGUUGGCUGGACUGCAGUAAGCAGAUGGACAGUGUCUCUGUGAGGAUUGGGUGCUCAAUGGAUCUACAUGUACAUGUCCGUUAGGAGCAGCCUGCCUUCCCCCAGUCUCUGUCACAGCAUGGCCCGAAACAAGGCUUACUGGGGACAGCCACAUGGCACAAACAGCCUGUGCUUUAGCCUGGAUGCUGACGACGCGAUGGAACACAACUUGAGAGAGCAUCACCAACACCACACAGUGUCCCAGGGCUUUGACAACAAGAUGCCCCAGCCCUACCAUCUACUGUACUCUAGCAGCCAUCCCUUGACCUCUCACUCCACCAGACCCCGCCCUCCUGAGGGGGACCAGGUGGUCCCCUCCUUCCAGAGACUAUCAGUUUAUGAGCAGAGUCCGUCCUGCGGCCCCAAGCCCCUGCCCCCUCUCCCUGACCCAGAGGAUAACUCCUCAGAUGAGGCGGCGGACAGCGAGGUGGAAUUCUUCAUCGACGACAGGCAGCACCUACUUCCUCAGCGCUGCUCCACGAAUGCCCUGGCCCUCCACUAUGGAGCCACCGGACGACGAAGCUUCAGGGGCUGUGGCCAGGUCAACUAUGCCUACCUUGAGGGGCCCCCCGGGGCUAGCGGCUUGGCUAAUGGUGGAGCCCAAAGUGGAACCCAGGAGCAGCAGGCCCAGUUUGGGGGACAGAGAGGGCCAGGGGCCGUGGUGGUAGCAGCGAGGGACAUUUCUAGCAAGCAACACGAUCGGCCCCAAUGGUCCAAGUUGCGGCGCUCCCACUCGGGCCCUGCAAGCUCCUUCAAGCCCUCCGGCCUGCGCCAGUCGUGUCACCUUCACCACCACCACCAUGGCAGCUACAGGGGCAACCCCCAGCUGGACAAGCCUGAAGUUCCUCCCCGCAUCCCCAUCCCCCCACGCCCCUCCAAGACUGCCAACUGCCACCGUUGGUCUGUCACCGAGGACCAAGACAAGGACAAGCCUCCCAAAGUCCCUCCCAGGAAACCGAUAGCGCCCCCCGAUAGCACCCCUAGUCCCAAGAGCCUCCCUAUAUACGUGAAUGGGGUGAUGCCGCCUACGCAGAGUUUCGCCCCCAACCCCAAAUAUGUCAGCAAAGGCCUCCAGAGGCCACAACAGCAGCAUAGGGAGGGGUCCACUGGGCCCUUGGUGGGCCCACGCUCCCCCUGUAUCGUGCCUAUCAUGGAGGAUGGGAGGAAAGCCAGUGCCACGCACUAUUUCCUCCUACCCCGGCGGCCAUCCUACAUGGACAGGUUAGAAAUGUUCUUGAGGGAGAAGGAGGCAGACAGUGUCCAGCAACACUCCCAGCUCAGAGUGGGGUUGCCAGAACAGGCAGAAACCUCCUGUCAUCAUAUAGAGCUUCAGCAUUGCGGAAAGCUUGAAGACUGACCCCCCACACACUAAUGUGCAUCUUUAAUUAUAGUGGAAAUAGGGUGCCAUUUCGGGACGAACCCUUAGUCAUUCAGUCUAGGGUGCUACCACUAAAACUUUUGCCACCUCACUUGAUGCAACAAACAGAAUUUUCGCAAAGUUAAACCAUAGAUGCCUGGAGGCUUCAAGUGUCAGAUCUGUACUGUCACUGUAUUCAAACAGAAAACAGUGUGAUGGAUUGGUAUAAGGUGUUUUUUGUUGUGCUCUGUGAGUAGUGUUUUGUUAAAUGGUAUGGGUUAACUGAAGACAUGCAAGUGAAACAUUUGUUGUACCUUAUUUUGCUGUUGAAAGACCAAUCUGUUGAGGGAUUUAUUUGAAGGUAUCGGUUUACUAGACAUGUUUAGUUUUAAACUAAUCUAUCUAGGUCUAGUUGGUCCCAGCUGUUCAUGGUUAUGUAUCAACUAAUGUAAAAUGUUCUACUCAAUGUGGGGAAAGGUCUAUUUAUAAUAUUCAGAGUCUAGGGAGUAUAUACCCACUAAUUAGCUGUUCACAAAAAAUAUGUAUAGAAAUCAUCCCUUUUCAGCCGGAGUCGUAUUAACUAGUCACCAAAUGGAAGAAACCCGACUGAAACAGGGAGGGACUACCUGAACUUGUCCAAUAAGAAACAUUCAUUUUCGUUUUCUGUUGGUAAACGCUUUGCUAGUGUGUGCACUGAUGAAUAUGACCCAGUAUGACCAGAGUUGGACGUCACAAAGAUUUCCCCCCUAGUAGGCAUCCUAUUGGAUUACCUGACACAGCCUUGACUCAGAAAUGUUAUAUUUUUAUUCAUUUAGCAGAUGCUCUUAUCCAGGGCAACUUAAAGAUACAUCUUAAGAUAGCUAUGUGGGACAACCACUUAUCCCAGUAAGUCAAUGUUUCCUAAAACAAAGUCAGAGAUAGUAAGAGGGGAAAAGGUGAAGUGAAGGUGUUAGUUCACGAAAGGCAUUUUUUUUGGGGGGGGGGGCUUGUUGAACUUUGCUGUACAUCAAAGUUACCCCACAAUCUAUGUGAUUACAUUAAAAGGCCCAAAGCAGCCGUUUUUAUACUAAACAUUUUACUAAACAACUAAACAUUUCACUGUGUCAUGGGUUUGGGUUAAAAGGUGGGUAAAAAAAGAAAGAAAUUCCUUUACAUUGAUGACUUUAAAAAUCAAAUUCAGUUUUUUGAGUUGAUUCAAUCCAAUCAGUUUUUUGAGUUGAUUCAAUCCAAUCAGUUUUUUGAGUUGAUUCAAUCCAAUCAGUUUUUUGAGUUGAUAAAACACAGGAAAAACACAGAGCCUUUAACAAUGAAUGGAGAUUGGGUCGCUCCUCCAUUUCGAACAGCUGGUCUGUUUUCAAGUAUUACACAAAGUGGAUGUUGUGGAUUUUUUGAUUCUAUAAAUAAGUCUCUCUCUCAUAAUUGUAUCUACUUUUUUCAUUUAACAUUAUUUAUAUUAUCACAAUUUGGCCAAGUUUAACUCUUGAUUUCACCUCACAGUAUUGUCUUUGUAAAUGUAUUUGAAAAGUGCCUGUAUUAAAGGGAGAUCGAAUGAGGGUGUGAUAUUAGUUGUAUUGGUUACACUUCCCUAUACAGUCAUUUCCCGCCCAAUAAUAAGGUAAAUACUAUGGAUUUAUAUCUGCACUUAAAUUGUUAUGAGUUGGUAGGACUACUUAAUAUGAUCAAUGCAAUUAACAUGGAAUAUAAUUCAUUAUAGUAUUUUUUAAGGACUGUAUGUAUGGUGACUUUGUAGUUUGUACAAUUGUGUAUUACAACAUACAUUUUUAAGGGAUAGUGCAUGAGAUUGAUAACCAUUUAGAUUAGCCAAUUUCAUGACUUCAAUUACCAAACUAUAUUAUUUCAAAUGGAUAUGGGGUAUUUACAUCGUUUUUUGGGGGCUAUGGAGGUGCUGUAAACGAGAGUUGUUACCUUUCAUUCUGAAGUUCAGAAAACUGUUUACAUGAUAUGAUACUUGUUACAUCAACAGACGUUGAAGUUUGUCCCACAGCAGACAUGGUUACAUUCUGCUUUAAAAAGUGUUGUCAUUUCAUGGGUAGUUCUCUACAGUAUUUAAAAGUGCUUGUGUUGGACAAAAAUGUUGAAUGAUGUAUUCUUAAUCUAUUUAAAUAAAUACCUUAUUUAUUAAA